CCCGCCCCUCCCGGACAGCUCAUCAUUGAGCGCGCCGUCUGCGGGCGGAUCCCCGGGACUCUGAAGCGCUCGGGCAUCCUGAGGAUGGCGCUGUCGGGAGAUGGGGACCUGGAUAAGGAGGGCAGCCGGGAGCCCUUCUUGGUGCGGGCGGUGAAGAUCGCCCUGGUGGUCAUACUCUACUGGUUUAUCUCCAUCACCAUGGUGUUCCUGAACAAGUACCUGCUGGACAGCCCCACCCUGAAGCUGGACGCCCCACUCUUCGUCACCUUCUACCAGUGCCUGGUGACUGUUCUCCUGUGUAAGGUCCUCAGCCUGCUGUCCCUGGUGGUCCCGGGGGAGAUGAUGGAGUUCCCCUCCGUCCGCUUCGACCUGAAGGUCCUGCGGAGCGUGCUGCCCCUGUCCCUGGUCUUCAUUGGGAUGAUCACCUUCAACAACCUGUGCCUCAAGUACCUGGGGGUGGCCUUCUACACGGUGGGCCGGUGCCUCAGUACCGUCUUCAACGUCCUCCUGUCCUACGUCCUUCUGAAGCAGACCACGUCGAUGUACGCCCUGAUGUCCUGCGGGGUCAUCCUCGGUGGCUUCUGGCUGGGCAUAGACCAAGAGGGCGCCGGGGGCACCUUAUCCUGGGCCGGCAUAUUCUUUGGAGUCAUUGCCAGUUUAUGCGUGUCCUUGAACGCCAUUUACACCAAAAAGGUUCUCCCCGCCGUGGACGGCAGCAUCUGGCGCCUGACGUUCUACAACAACGUGAACGCCUGCUUCCUCUUCUUACCCCUCCUGCUCGUAUUCGGGGAGCUGGGCACCCUCAUUGCCUUCGACAAACUUUAUUCCUCUUACUUCUGGGGCAUGAUGAUUGGGGGCAUUUUCGGCUUUGCCAUAGGCUACGUGACGGGAAUGCAGAUCAAGUUCACCAGUCCCCUCACCCACAACAUCUCGGGCACUGCCAAGGCCUGCGCCCAGACUGUCAUUGCCGUAUCUUACUACCAGCAGAGUAAGAGUUUCCUGUGGUGGACGAGCAACGCCAUGGUGCUCGGGGGCUCCUUCUGCUACACGUGGGUGAAGGGUCUGGAGAUGAAGAAGACGCAGGAUCAGAACGUGCAGACGAUCAGCAAUGAAGAGAAGAGCCCCUCAGGGGUGUGAUCUCCAGUCCUAUAGACAAUGCCCAUGGAUGCCAACCAAGACUGGUGUGUAAGGGCCAUGCCAGUUUAUACUCACCAAGAAGCCUCGCCCAUUGAAAUACCAUAGGACAAACCCGUUUGUCCUCACCUGGGUCUUUGUACAGCUACAUAAAUACAGAUAAAUAAGUCCCAUGUUCUAUAUGGGGCGGCCAUUAUGAGGAACAUCUGUGUACACUGAGGGUAGGUUCACACAGGCGGAUUUUCUUGCGGGUUUUCUGCUGUGUAUUUGAAAGUGGGCAGCAGAUUUUCCGCGGCGGAAUUUACACUGCGGAAAAUCCGCCGUAGUCCCUACUGACUUCAAUGGAACUUGCGGCGGAUUUUCCGCAGCGUAUAUUCCGCCAUGGAAAAUCUGCUGCGAACAGCCGAGAAGAGCCCGCCCACUUUCAAUUACGCAGCGAAAAAUCCGCCCGUGUGAACCUACCCUAAUAAAGAGCAUUCACACAUACUGGAUCUGCUGCAGAUUUUCUGCUGAUGACUUCAAUGGGUAGUAAAAUCAGCGGCAGAAAAUAUGCAGCACAUCCGGUACGCGUGAAAACAUACAAAUCAGCGUUCUAUAGUUAUAAACCAAUAAGGCCACUCUUAUAUCUCCCAGAGAGGUUGGCACCCAGCUUUCUCAGUCUCCCGACUGGUAAAUGUGCCCGGUUCUGUACUGUAUUGACGCAUAACUGAGUGAGUAGAUUUGCUUCAAGGGUAUGGCUGCUAAAAGCAACUGAAAUAUAUGGCUUGCCAUGUGGUCUCCUGUCUGUGUCUCUUCAGCUGUUGCGAAACUACAACUCCCAGCAUGCCCGGCGUUUGUAGUUUCAGAGAGCCACAGGCAGGAGAAGCCAUAGGGGGAGAUUUAUCAAAACCUGUGCAGAGGAA